AUGGCAGAUGAAAAUAAAUGUGUGCAGUUAAAUAAUAAUGCCGAAAUUGACGCUUCAUAUUGUGUUCGAUAUGAUCCACCGGUUGAUGAAAAUGGUGAACUUUAUUCUGAUGACGAUGAUUUAGAUGAAAAUUAUGUAGAACAAAUUAGUUCGAGUGUUCUUUAUUUGUUCAAACAAGCAUUGAACACAACAAAAAAAUGGACCGAAAUAUGUAAUGCAUUUACAAACUUUUUCUAUCCUAAUUUGGUAUUUCAAUUGAUUAAAGAAAAAGUUGUUGAUCCAAAACAAUUCUCUUGCGUACCAUUUGUUCUUCUUAGUAUUUUCACGACUGAUAUUGAAUUGCUUAACGAUAUGAGACAUCCAACAACAAAUUUACAAUAUAAAUUUAUUCACAAUCUACAGACGUGGCUUCGAAUAUCCAUAGAAAAAUUAAAUCGAUUAUUGACAAAUGAUUAUAAUAAGAACGCCGAUGAUCUAAAAAAUCAUGUUGAAAAAUCAGCAUUCAAUUCAUUUGAUGACAUUAUCAUAAUAUUGAGUCGAGAUAAUCAGUUCGAAGAAAAUUUAGCAAAACCUUUAUUAAUAACGGAUGUUGAUAGUGAGCAAGAUCAAGCAGUUAAAUAUCUGCUUCUCUCUUUGAAUAACAAUGAACCAUUUUUUCAAGAAACAAUAUCAACAACAUUUAGUAAAUUCAAUAAUCGAAAAAGAAUUUUAGAACAAUAUGCACGAGCAAAUUGGUAUCCAGUUGUCGAUUAUAUGGACAGUAGAGAAGAAACACGAAAUUAUUUAUGUACAAAUACGUUAAUAUUUAAAAAUCAGUUAGACAAGGCUUUGGAUGAGAUAGCCUGUGAUUUUAAACAAGUUGAGCAGACACAUUCAAAUCAAAAACAGAGUAUUCAAAAAAUUUGUGAUGAUGGUAUUCGAGAAGUUGAGAUCGAAAUAGAUAAAGCAGAACAGCGACAACAAGAAGUGAAGAAACAAGCAAAUAAUCGUGUCUCAAACUUGUUAGAUCAAUAUCACAACAUGGAUGAACAUACAUUUCUUGAAAAAUUUCAGAGAGAUUUGAAUAAACACAAUACAGAACAAAAUACCAGUGGUGAAAAUUUUGUAAAUGACGAUCAAAUUCAAAUAAUUGCAAGAGAUUUAUUUUUAAAAAUUGAUCAACGAAUGACAGCCGUCCACUUCAAAGACUUUCCAAUUUUAUUUGAUGAGUUUUUUGGUUGA